AUGCCGCCAAAAAAGGCUCCAUUCCUCGAAGCGCCAAAGGAAUUAAAGCCUAAUAACCCUACAAAAACAAAAAAUACGAACAACACAACUGUUGUAGAGCUUAUCGACGAUGAUUCACCAUCGGAUUUAACUCAUUCACAGAAAAAUAAUUUAAAUCAAUCAAAAGCUUCAGUUUUUACUACCAAGCGCCAACUGAUAGUUGAUUUCAUUAAUUAUGAAACCAAAAGGAUGGCUAAAAACCACGAUUCUUUAAUCCAAUCUGAAUCUCUACAAAAACAGAUCAAAAUCAUAUCCGAAUGCCCUAAAUGUACAUUGGCACGAAAACUAAUGUACCGCGGGUUGAUAUAG